AUGAACUUUGAGGACGUGGCCAUUGUCUUCUCUGAGGAGGAGUGGGGGCUCCUUGAUGAGGCUCAGAGACUUCUCUACUGCAAUGUGAUGCUGGAAGUGUUUGCACUUGUCUCAUCGGCAGGUUGUUGGCAUAAAACGGAUGAUGAGGAGGCCUGUUCUGAGCAGAGCGUAUCUGUACAAGGACAGUCACAGUUCACGGUGUCUAAGACAGAGCCAGCAACCCAGAGGACCCAUGUGUGUAAGCGGUGUUUCUCUGUGUUCAAAGACAUUCUGCACCUGACUGAGUCACAGGCAGCAUACCUUGAGCAGAAAGCCUGCUUCAGUGACAUACGUGUGAGAGACUUCUGUUUCAGUGCAAACCCUCGCCAGCAACAGAGGGAAUCCAGUGGAGAGAAGCCCUGGAAAGAAGCUGUGAACAGGACCUCGUUUGUGACCAGGUGCAGCUUCUACUUAUCAAGGCUCCCUUCAUACAGUAGGGAGGUUGCGGAAGACUUGCCAGCCAUCUCAGAGCUUCUCCAGCCCCAGGUCCCUCUCAACACUGAGGAGUCACACGGCGGCAGUGAGAUUUCCCUGAAACAUAGCAGUGGAAAAGGUCAUAACCAGUGGGGUCAAUGUGAAAAUGCCACCAGCCACAACCAGAAAGUUGUUCAACAGAACGUCUGCAAGGGAGAAGCAAAUUAUGCAUGGAAGAAAUCUGGAGAAAUUUUUAGAGAAAUCUCUAGCAUCAUUCGAUAUAGGAAAGCUCACAGUGGAGAAAAGCCAUAUGAGUGUAGUGACUGUGGGAAGGCCAUUGGAUAUAAAACUAACCUCAAUCAACACCACAGACUUCACACUGGAGAAAAGCCAUAUGUGUGUAGUGACUGUGGUAAGUCAUUCAGACAAAGGUUUAGCCUUACUAAGCACCAGAGAGUUCACACUGGAGAAAAACCUUAUAAGUGCAGUGAAUGUGGGAAGUCCUUUAGACAGAGGUAUAACCUCACUGACCACCAGAGUGUACACAGUGGAGAAAAACCUUAUGAGUGUAGUGAAUGUGGGCAGUCCUUCAGACAAAGAACUACCCUUACUAAUCACCAGAGAAUUCACACUGGAUAUAAACCUUAUGAAUGCAGUGAAUGUGGGAAAUCUUUUAGAAGUCAUAGUAACCUUUUUACCCACAAGAGAAUUCACACUGGAGAAAAACCUUAUGAGUGUAGUGAAUGUGGGCAGUCCUUCAGACAAAGAACUACCCUUACUAAUCACCAGAGAAUUCACACUGGAGAUAAACCUUAUGAAUGCAGUGAAUGUGGGAAAUCUUUUAGAAGUCAUAGUAACCUUUUUACCCACAAGAGAAUUCACACUGGAGAAAAACCUUAUGAGUGUAGUGAAUGUGGGCAGUCCUUCAGACAAAGAACUACCCUUACUAAGCACCAGAGAGUUCACACUGGCGAAAAACCUUAUGAGUGCGGUGAAUGUGGGAAGUCAUUUAGAGGAAGGAGUAACCUCUCCGAACACCAGAGAAUUCACACUGGCGAAAAACCUUAUGAAUGCAGUGAAUGUGGGAAAUCAUUUAGAUGCCGUGGUACCCUUCUUCAGCACAAGAUAAUUCACACAGGAGAAAGGCCUCAUGAGUGUAGUGAAUGUGGGAAAUAUUUUAGAUGUCAUAAUCACCUUUUUAUGCACAAGAGAGUUCACACAGGAGAAAGGCCUCAUGAGUGUAGUGAAUGUGGGAAAUCUUUUAGCCGAAAAUCUCACCUCAUUAGACACCUGAUUGUUCACAAUGGAGAAAAGGUUUAA